UCCUCACUCGCCGACCGGCUGCGAUCACGACCGCUCGUUAUUUGCUCGCGGAGAUCGCAGUAGGCUGUUGGCAGUUCGGGCCGCGUUUCUGUGCCGCUCACAUCGCAAAAGUGCUCGGCGUCGUGGGUAAAAAUAAAUAUAUAGAUUUCGUAAAUGAAAAUAACGCGGCGCGAGUGCAGAAAUAAACCGAAAACGUGUGCGUUAAUCGAAGGCAGUGGUGAUUAGGAAAUGGCGGCCAGCGAAGCGCCACCCGCAGAGGCGACGGUGGAGGUGGAGUUGCCUUCACAGCCACCACCACCGCCGUCAAAGGAUCCAGAGGAUGUCACCCUGGACGCUAUACUAAAGCAUUUGGGUCAGUUUGGACGCUUCCAGCUGAUCAUCUUCUUGCUGAUCUGCCUGCCUAUGAUGUUCCAUGCCAUGUUCUCGGUCACCUACGUCUUCACCGCCUCCACCGUGACGCAUCGCUGCGACAUUGAAGAGUGCGACACGCCGGAUAGCAAAUUCUACGAGCCGCACAUCGAGUGGAGUAUCCCCAAGAAUGGCAAUGACCCCUGCAAUCGCUACACUAACCGAGAUCUACCCCUGUGGAACGGGACGGACGAUAUUUGCCUGGCCGAGCAUUACACGGCUGAAACGGAAGCCUGUCCCGGCAAUAAAUUCAUAUUCCGUGAUAACGAAGUGACCAUUUCGAAUGACUUUGACAUUUACUGCGACGAUGAGUGGAAGCUGUCAAUGGUCGGAACCAUAAACAAUCUGGGACAAUUCUUUGGCAUUCCCAUUGGCGGCUUUGUGGCAGAUCGUUAUGGACGCAGCUUCUCCAUUGCCCUGGGUGGUAUUAUGGGCGCCGUCCUGGGCAUCGUGCGUUCCUAUUCCCCCAGUUAUGUGUGGUUCCUGAUCUUUGAGUUUCUAGACAACAUGACCAGCAGCACGUUGUACUCAACCUGCUUUGUGAUCGGCAUUGAGCUGGUGGGACCCAGGCGGCGGGUCCUGGCCUGCAGCGUUAUCACGGUCUUUUAUGCGGUGGGCGAGGUGGCUCUGGCCAUGUUCGCCAAGGCCUUUCCCGACUGGCGCAUCCUGCUGCGCAUCACCUAUAUGCCCUCGCUAAUCCUGCUCGCCUACUUUUGGAUCCUGCCGGAGAGCGUGCGCUGGCUGCUUAGCCAGGGCAAGGAGGAGCGAGCCAAAGGCAUCCUACGCCGGGCAGCCAAGGUCAACAAGCGAAAGCUCUCGGAGACCAUGCUGGACAAGCUCGUCCUGGCCAACCGUGACAAGCUGCAGCAAUCGGCGGAAAGCCGCUUCCCCAUUCGCGAGGCCUUCAAGAACUUCAAGUGGCGCAUUGCCAACUGUUCCUUCUGUUGGAUUGUUCACGUCCUGGUCUACUACGGCUUAAGCCUGAAUGUGGUCCUCCUGGACGGGGACAAGUACAACAAUUUUGCAUACAUUGCCCUGGUGGAGAUUCCCGGCUUCUUCAUGCCGCUGCUGAUCAUGGACCGCUUCGGAAGACGCUACUCCCUCUGCGGCCUGAUGCUGUUCAGCGGUCUCUGCUGCAUAGGAACCAUUUUCACUGGGGCGGAUCAGCCGGUGCUGCAGCUGGUGCUGUUCCUCAUCGGCAAGCUGACCAUCACUGCCAGCUUCCAAGUGCUGUACUUCUUCGCCUCGGAGAUCUAUCCCACUAAUCUGCGCAACAGCCUGCUUAGCUUCUGCUCGAUGAUGGGCAGGUUCGGCUCCAUGCUGGCCCCCCAAACGCCUCUUCUGGCCAAGUAUUAUGCCAGUGCUCCGGCUUUGAUCUUCGCCGGCGCUGCCAUUGUGAGCGGACUGCUCACCCUAUUCUUCCCCGAGACCACCAAUGUCGUCCUGCCGACGACUGUCCAGGAGGCGGAUGCCAUUGGCGUCAAAAAGAGACCUUCGCAGGCCAAGGAUCUCGAUCUAGUCGUUCCGGCGAGUCAACCGCAGUAAUAGCAGCUAUCAUUACCGUAAUCUUAGCCUAAGGCAGGGCAGCCUGCAAAUACAAAGACAUUUCUCCACAAAUGUGUUAUAAAGUCUAAGAGUAAGCCAUACAAUAUAUAAAUAUA